AUUUGAAAUCUUUCUCUUUGCUAAAACAAAAGCUUGUCCCUUUUUUAAAUGUUUUCUUGGGAAAUGAACCCAUUUUUUAUUCUCUCUCUUAUCUAUUACAAGAACCAAGUAAUAAUCAAAAUUCAGCUCACACCCACCUGUUUAUCUUGGCUUAAAAAACUCAGUCCCCACAUUCAAAAUCCAAAUUUUCUUUAAUGGGUAGCUGUUUAAGCAAGAAGAAAGAGUCUUUGAAUGUAACUGCUGCAAAAGAUUCUUCAUCAGUGGUUACAAUCAAGUCAUUUGAUGAUGUGGGUUUAAUUCAGAAGAAGAAUUUACAAGUUGAUGAGCAAGAGAAUAUCAAGAAAAAACCAGUAGUUGAAGAAGAAGUAAGAAAAGAAAAUGAAGAAGAAGAAGAAAAGGAAAAUAGUUCAGUCAAGAAAGAAAUUUUUGUGAUUAAGCAUAGGAAGAGUCAUGAUAGAAAAGAAAAGGAAGUACCCAUUACUCCUAAUUAUCAAAAGAAUGUGAGUUUAGUUGAAGAAAAUGGGAAUAAGAUUCAUAAUAAUGAUGAGAUUUGUGAGGUGGGUGGUACUGGUAAUGUGGUGGUUAGGACUUCUAGUUGUACUAAGGAAGAAGUUGAUGCUAUUCUUAUACAAUGUGGAAGGCUUAGUAGGAGUAAUUCCUCCGGUAAAGUUGCUGCUUCUUCGGGUAGGAGGUACUCCGGUUCGAAGAGGAGUUACGAUUUGGAUCAAGAUCAGGAUCUUUCAGCUGAGGUUGAGCCUAAUGGUACUAAUUAUGAUGAGGAUGAUGAUGAAAUGGAUGGUGGUAAUCAAAGAAGACAACAUAGACAGAGACAUAGGCAGUCGGGUCGGUCUUCGCCUUCUCCGUCUUCGCAAGGGAGGAGGCGGACUCCGAGCAGAGAAAGGGAGCAGCGAUCUGGGAGCAGAGAGAGGACUAAUGGUGGGGGUAGCGGUAAUGGGCGAAGAGUGAGUAGAUCGCCUGGUAGAAGGUCAGAAAGCAAUGCUAAUUCGAAUUCUUCGAAUGGUGGUAAUAAUACUAAUAGGCCUGGCAAGAAGAUGGUUUCAGUUCCUGCUACUGUAUCUUCAUUGACAAUGGAUAAGAGUAACAAUGGUGUUGCCGUUGAGCCUCAGGCUGCAAAUGGGGUUAAACGGAUCUCUGUGAAGAGAAAUGUUGGAGCUGGAGAGGCUGGAGUGACAGCAGGCGCAGGUUUGAGAGGUGCUUCAUCGCCUCGAUCUCAGUCCCCAGCGAGAGCGAAUGCUAGGAAUGGUUGUAAUGAGAAUAAUCAGCAGCAGCAACCUACGCUAAGUCGCAGUUCUUCAAGGAAAGCAGAACAUUCGCCUUAUAGGAGAAAUCCAUUGAGUGAAAUCGACACAAAUUCGCUUGUGUAUGCACAAACUGCUAGCAGUAACAAAAUGGCCAACAACAAUAGCAGUAGCAGAGCGCAAAAUCAGGCUCAAAUGCAGAAGCAAAAUGUUGAUACAAACAGCAAACUUAACUCUCAAGUAGCUAGCAAGGCUGUGAAAGAGCAAACAGUCAUUGUGGAAGAUGCAAAAGUAGGGGUAGUAGCCUCGGCACAUACACUAACUAGAAGCAGGUCAGCAAGACGAUCUCGAGAUUUCGACUUUACUCCUGAAACUUUGUUAAAUCCAAAUCCAUCAUAUGCAGCAUUACUGCUGGAAGACAUACACAACUUUCAUCAGAAGAGCACAAACACAAACACAAACACAACGAACACGAACACCCCAUCUUUCCCAGUUCCACCAUGCCUCACCAAAGCCUGCUCGAUUCUGGAAGCAGUUGCUGAUCUUAACUCGUCCACGACAAGUUCUAGUAUUUUCGGGAAGAAACUAGCAGAGACUAAGGACCCUUUUGUGGAAUCUGAAGUAUUAGUGAACAAUGACUUACUCGAGCCGAGCUUCCACAAGUAUGUGACAGUGACAAGAGGCGGAAACGGCAAUGGCAACGGGACAGUGUCUGUUGAUGAACUGGAUGGAGAAGAAUCUUCAGGCAGCAACAGCUUCAUUGGUGCUAGUAGCCAACAGCACUGGGGAUAUUCUACUUCUUCAUGGGAACCCAAUUCAGCUGAUUCCACUGACCGAUGGACUUCAAGAUCAAACACUAGAGAUGAGGAAGACAAGAGCCCACUUGGAUUUCAAAAGCAUACAUUUUCUGAAUGUGGCCAGAUGGAAGAAGCAAGAAGAGGAGUUAGUGGACAAAGGAAUGGAAUUGGUCGUGGAAGAAUUGGUUCUACUAAAAAUGUUUUAGCUGCUGCUUCAACUUGAUGAAACUACCACUUGUUGCUGUAUUUUUUCUUCAUCUACUGAUGAAUUUGCUGUUUUUUUAGUUUGUAGACUUAGUGUAGUAACUUCAAUUUGUUUCUAUUGGUUUGCGAACUUGCAAACUUUUCUUAAUUUAAUUUCAUGUUCAUUUGUCGCGA